AUGGGUCUCUUCCAACAACCCCUCCGGUCGACAUUUCACGACCUUCCCACUCCACCGCCUUCUACACCUUUUUCACUUCCUCCACUGCAACCGCUGGCAUCGACUGUGAAUAUUCACAUCACGAAUCACAAUCAUUAUAGUGUUCAAACACCAGAUUCAGCAAAAUAUAAUUUUGGUCCUAAAGACAAACCCCAUUGGAGUUCUUCGGGAAGGAAGGCCUGCAUUACUCCCUCUCGAAAGAGUCAACACAAAUCGCCACUCCUUAAGAGGCUUAUUCAGGGACUGUCGCCAGUAUAUGGACUCCUAACGCCGGCUGCUACACCUCCACAACGUACUUCGAAAGUUACGUUAGUUGAGGAGCAAAGUCCCUUGGUCAAACAGAAUUCGCAGGCGCAACAAAAGAUCAAUGACAAACGGCAGGUCGAGAAUAUCAAUACAAGCUAUCGACAUUCUGAAUCUGAUAUCUUACAGGAUAUGCCAAAUCCCGCAGAUAUUAGGUUCUCUGCGAGCGCCGGUAAUAGGGAAUUUGCAGUGCGAAGUAGUCGGGUUGAUAUCCCAUCAUCGCCACCUACACUUCUGUCCUGUGAUGAUGUCUUAGUUUCAGACGAUUCAGCCUUGGGUGAACUAGCGGUCGCUUUACGAACCUCCAAAAAGACUGGACUGAAGCGAUCAGAACAAAAGAAGAGGACUCAAAAGCAAAAGCAAAAGAAGAUCAUCCCAGAAUGUUACAAUCACGACCUCCGGCUCCCAGGAGAAGAACCCGGGGUUGAUGUAGUUCCUUGCGAUUGGGUUCGACCCUAUAAUUCCAGUCGGUGGAACAACUAUACAAAUAAAAACGCUCAAUGCAAGGUUCCGAAGUGCGAUGUUUGUAUCUCCCACGAAACCUACGGUCCAAAAUCCAUUUGGGCGUUGUCAGCGCCCGCAGGAUUCAGUGCAGAAUCACAUCGCCUUCGUUCACGUAUCCGAUACCUCUGCUCUGGUUGCCCACAACCUGCACCCCCGCCUCCUGGGGGGGUGGGACCGAUCGAAAUGUGUACCUGCGUUCUAAGAGAUGGACAAGGACUUCCAACAGAUAUGUGGUUUCAAUGCAAGGGCUGUGCGGAAACGGCGUGGUUUGAGAGUGAUGCUAGAUAUGGAGGGCCCGAUGGAGUAUUGAUAAAACGGAGGCCAAGGAGAAGAAAGAACAAAUAUGGAAUCAUAAUCCGACCGAGAAUUUCAAAGGAUGCUCGACUAAAGGGUGGGUGCAGAAUCAAGAGGUGUCUUUGUGGGAAGAUUGUCCCGAAAGAUGGUAGGUACGGUGCUUGGUGUACCUGGUGCCAGUGUCCAGUUGCAGGCCAGGAUAUGAUGGAGUACGGCGGAGCCGCGACAAAAAGCGGGCGAGCCUUUUUACCCAAGAAGGAAAAUGAGGACGAGGAUUAG